AUGUUUCGAGCACACAGCCAGCGAUCGCCGCACCCAAUAUCGCCGGGCCUGGGCACCUCUGCGCGCGCCGUACCGCAAACUCCCGGCCGCACGAUCGCACCAAGCGAGCUGGGCUGGGAACCGGCCCUGAAAUUGUUCCUCAGCAAGGAAGAGGAGGAUGAGGUCCUGCAAGCCCUCCGGGAGUGUCCGGACGCUGGACAAGUUAUGGAGGAGGCCCAGUGGAUCGUCGCCCCAGUCGGCUGGAGGCCAAGGCGAUCAGACCUAGGAGCGGACUUCAACCCGGAGUGGUACAGCGGCACGAGCGUCGGCACGCCGGAUCCAAGGAUUAGAGUAGGGGAUCCCGUAACGCUGCGCCCGCCAACGCCAACCACUCCCGGAGCGCCACAUAGCCACGUGGCCUCCCACGAAGCCGUCAAGCGCAUACCGCGCCCCGAGCAGCGCCCACAGAAAGCGGCCCCGCAGCGCCUAGCCGCGCCCUCAGCAGCGCCCACACAGCGCUCCCACCAGGAGCACGCACAGCGCGGCCACCGCGCCCUCAGCAGCGUCACCCGCGCCGCCAGCCGCGUUAUCAGCAGCGCAGACCCAGCAGCGUCCCGCGCCGCGCAGUGCCACCCACGUGGCCAUCAGGUGCCCACAGAGCGCCACCAACAGCGCCCAUCAGCAACGCCCCCCACGGGAUCCACAGGAGCGUCCACUUCGUCUUCACUAGCGCCUGCCGACAGCACCCACCGCGCCACCAGCAGCGCCCUACGAGCGGAUACCACCGAGCGCCAUCAAGCAGGGCAACAGCAGUACCAACCGAGCGGCUACCGCGCCCUCAGCAGCGUCACCCGCGCCGCGCAGUGCCACCCACGUGGCCAUCAGGUGCCCACAGAGCGCCACCAACAGCGCCCAUCAGCAACGCCCCCCACGGGAUCCACAGGAGCGUCCACUUCGUCUUCACUAGCGCCUGCCGACAGCACCCACCGCGCCACCAGCAGCGCCCUACGAGCGGAUACCACCGAGCGCCAUCAAGCAGGGCAACAGCAGUGCCAACCGAGCGGCUACCGCGCCCUCAGCAGCGUCACCCGCGCCGCGCAGUGCCACCCACGUGGCCAUCAGGUGCCCACAGAGCGCCACCAACAGCGCCCAUCAGCAACGCCCCCCACGGGAUCCACAGGAGCGUCCACUUCGUCUUCACUAGCGCCUGCCGACAGCACCCACCGCGCCACCAGCAGCGCCCUACGAGCGGAUACCACCGAGCGCCAUCAAGCAGGGCAACAGCAGUGCCAACCGAGCGGCUUCCGCGCCCUCAGCAGCGUUCAGCGCCCAUCGAUCGGCGUUAGUGCCCAACAGGCGCCCUUAGCAGCGCCAAUCACCGAGCGCCAUCAGGAGCGCCAACCAGCAGCGCCAACAACAGCGCCGGACACGUGGUCACCAGCCACACAACGAGCGUCACCAGGAGCACGCAACGAGCGGCCCCGCGCCCUCAGCAGCGUUCAGCGCCCAUCGGGCGGCGUCUUUUGCACCAUCAGCAGCACCCACCGAGCGCCACCAGCAGCGCCCACAGCAGCGCCCAUAGCAGCGCCCAUCAGCAGCGCCCAACCGCGCCCUCAGCAGCGCCAAACGCGCCGGAUACGUGGUCACCAGCCACACAACGAGCGUCACCAGGAGCACGCAACGAGCGGCCCCGCGCCCUCAGCAGCGUUCAGCGCCCAUCGGGCGGCCAGCGCCAAACGCGCCGGAUACGUGGUCACCCGCCACGCUACGAGCGCCACCAGGAGCGCCCAACGAUCAGCACCGCCGCUCACCAGCCGCACUCACCGAGCGCCAACGGGAGCGCCAGCCGCAACCACAUCGGUCAGCCAGUGCCGCACGUCAGCAGCAUCUGCCGUGCGCCCAGCGCCCAGUCACGCCACUAGCGCUCACCGAGUGAUCCCCAGCAGAGCCAUCGGCAGCGCCACCGCGCGUAUGCCCAGUGUCUCGGGAAAGAAAACGUCAGAGGACGCAGAAUCAAAGCCAGAUCCGGCAGCUGCCGGACUGGAAGAGGACAGGUUUUUCACCGCAUCCGGGGCGCCCACGUCGGGAGCCUGCGGUGACCCACUCGGUGCUCCCCCAUCACUAGAUUCCCCACUCCGCCUGGCGGGGGGGCGAAUUGUUGCCAAUGUUACCAUCGAGGGACAACCUUUCUCGGCAACAAUUGACACAGGAGCCUCGCGAAGCUUUGUCAGCGAAGCGAUCGCCAAGCGCUUAGACUCAGGAAGAAACAGCAGAGAAGUCCGCUCCCGCAUCUCUCUGGCGGAUGGAUCCCAGAAAGAGGUGACCAAGGCCCUCCGGGCGCAAGUCGGCUUAAACGACCGACAGAUCGGGCUGACGCUACUAGUCCUGCCAACGAUCCUGGAUGAAGUGAUUUUGGGCAUCGACUUUCUUUGCGCCAUCAGCGCAACUCUAAUCUGCGGGCAAGUCUGCUUGCAACUAGCCCCACCGGCCACCCGGAAGGUAGAACCAACCCCAGAUACGCGGGCGACUCCUACGGCCGCAACCGCGCAAUCCCCAAGCACACCCGGUACGCCGCAAUCAUCGCAAGGCACCGAGGGGGGAACCAAAACAGUUCCAAAGCCUGCUCCGAGGACUCACGUGAGUCAACGCAAACGCGGGCCAACGGAGAUCGCCGAGCAUACCAUCACUCUCCGGGAUAAUAAGCCACUAAAGCAGCGGUAUUAUCCAAAGAACCCCGCCAUGCAGAGCAUAAUCAAUCAGCAGUUGGACGAGCUAUUACGAGACGACCGAAUCGAGCCCUCUCGUAGCCCGCACAGCGCCCCGCUGGUGCUCGUGCGGAAGAAGACAGGGGAUAUGCGGAUGUGCGUCGACUAUCGGCAACUCAACGCACAUUCCAUACCCGAUGCGUACCCACUCCCACGAAUCAACCACAUAUUGGAGCGGCUACGGAACGCCCGGUUCAUCUCAACGCUGGAUCUUAAGAAUGGAUACUGGCAGAUCCCUAUGGCGGAAGGAAGCCGCGAAUGCACGGCUUUCACCGUCCCUGGGCGUGGACUCUUCCACUGGAAAGUCAUGCCCUUUGGACUGCAUUCUGCCCCAGCAACGUUCCAGCGAGCCCUUGACAGCGUCAUCGGGCCGGAUAUGGAACCCCACGCCUUCGCCUACUUGGAUGACAUCAUCGUCAUCGGGGCGACGUGGGAGGAACAUGCCAGGAAUCUCAGGGAAGUCUUCCGACGACUACGGGAAGCAAAGUUUCGGCUGAAUCAAGGAAAGUGCAAGUUUUUCCAGAAAAAGCUGGUAUACUUAGGCCACUUGAUCAGCGAAGAAGGCAUCAGGACGGAACCAGAUAAGAUAGCUGCUAUCCAGGGACUACGCCCGCCAACCAACGUCAAGGAACUCCGUCGCCAUUUGGGCAUCGCAUCUUGGUAUCGACGCUUCGUCCAGGAUUUCGCCUCCAUCGUUCAGCCCAUGUCCCGACUCCUCAGGAAGGGGGUCAAGUGGAGCUGGGAGGAGCCCCAACAGCAGGCAUUCGAGACACUCAAAGCCAGACUAACGGCCGCACCGGUACUGGCCUGCCCAAAUUUUGAAUACAAGUUCCAGCUUCAGACGGAUGCAAGUGAUACAGGACUUGGAGCAGUCCUCACUCAGAGCAUCGAUGGAGAGGAGAAGGUCAUCGCCUACGUAAGUCGACGCCUCGAGCGGGCCGAGGAAAACUACUCCACUACCGAAAAGGAGUGCCUCGCCAUAGUUUGGGCCACGCGGAAGCUACGCUGCUACUUGGAGGGCUACCAGUUCGACGUGAUUACGGAUCACCUCGCUCUCAAGUGGUUGAACUCGAUUGACAACCCCACGGGCCGCAUAGCCCGGUGGGCUCUGGAGCUGCAGCAAUACCAGUUUACCGUCCUCUAUCGGAAGGGCAAAUACAACGUUGUCGCCGACGCCCUCUCCCGACAACCCCUAGGGAUGCUUCAGCUGCUCGCGGAGCACGGAACUCAGUGCAAAUGGAUCCGGAGGAUGCAAGAAGAAGUCCAGAGGCGCCCCGAAAAGUUUCCGGAUUACACUCUGGAUCACGGACAGCUGUAUCGACACAUCGGACACACCUCAGACGUGGGAAACAGCAACCCAUGGAAGCUUUGCGUGCCUCGGGAGCAGAGACAACGAGUGCUGGAGGAAUGCCACGACCACCCUUCUGCUGGUCACCUGGGCAUCCGGAAGACUCGCAGACGGAUUGCCCAACGAUAUUUCUGGCCGGGAUUACAUCGAGACGUUGUGCGGUACGUCACCAGCUGCUUGGUUUGCCAACAAUACAAGGUGAGUCAACGCAAACCGGCGGGCAAAAUGCUCACCCGCCAUCCCACGGAGCCAUUUGCGCUCGUCGGAGCCGACUUCGUUGGACCUCUUCCUCGGACCCGACGAGGGAAUACCAUGCUGCUCGUAUUUAUAGAUGUCUUUUCCAAAUGGGUCGAGAUCAUACCCCUAAAGAAGGCCACAGCCGCCCAACUGGAGUUUGGAUUUCGGGAAAGGAUAAUAUCCCGCUUUGGAGCACCCAGGACUUUGAUCUGCGACAACGGCACGCAGUUCACCAGCCGCGGUUUCAAGACAUUCUGUCGCACUAACGGCAUCAAACUGGAGUACACAGCUCCCUAUUCCCCGCAGCAGAACCCCACCGAACGGGCAAACCGGACCAUCAAGACAAUGAUAGCUCAGUACGUGGACCAGGAUCACCGGACAUGGGAUCAGCUACUGCCAGAGAUCUCGCUGGCCAUAAACACGAGCAUCUCAGAUAGCACCGGUUUCAGCCCCGCCUAUCUGGUGCAGGGUAGGGAACCCAGAUUGCCAGGGGCCCUCUUUGAUGUGGUCACGCCUGGUCUACACUCGUCGCCGUUGGACCCCACUGAGCGAGCUAAACGACUUCAGGAAGCUUUCCGCACUGCGCUGGAAACCAACCAGAUGGCUUCUCAGGAACAAGGCCGCCACUACAAUUUGCGACGUCGCGAGUGGAGACCUCAGCUCGGAUCACAGGUGAUGGUCCGCCUCCACCACCUGUCAAAGGCCAGCGAAGGCUUUAACGCGAAGCUUGCUCCUAAGUACUCGGGGCCAUUUAAGGUGCUGAAGUUCCUCUCCCCGAAUAUCGUCAGGAUACAACAUAUGGAAAACAGGAAGAGGCGAACAGCAGGAGUAGGCGACCUGAAGGAGUACCACCAACGCAGUGACCAACUAGGGGACCCGGAAGAAGCCACCGGAGAGAGCGCGUUCCCAACAUAAGGGAGUCGACCAAUGUACCCAAAGCAUCGUAGUAAUAACUUUAGUAGAAAAACUAGGUUAAGCUGAGAGUUGUACCCACUAGAUAAGUCGAUCCUCGCACUCAGGCAGGGCCAGUAAGGAACGUAGGCCUAGGCUAAUAUUCUAGCAAUUUACAGAUCGGAACUACAACAACAGGAUGGAGCCUUUCUACCCAUACUACGUCGCAGGGGUCUACCAACCGGUCGACCAC